AUGUCUCUAUACUUAAUGUUUGGUGAUUUACAACACGAGCAUCCGCUUGAACUUGUUGAUUUGCAACCAAAUUAUCCGCGGUACAAAGAAUAUGAAGAAGAAGAAGACGACGACGACGACUAUACAAAAUGGGACUUUUGUAGUCCAUGUAAUCUAUGUGGGAAAGAAAUUAAUUUGUACCAACGAUAUUAUUACAAAUGUAGCCUCAGUUCAUGUAACCACUUUCUACACAAAUGGUGUGGAGAGCUUCCCACAAUGAUAAGUCUUAGAGCACAUUUUGAUCGAUGUGAUGGUACUCGGUAUAACCGUCCCCGCAGUUGGUAUUGGUUCAAUGUUACCUGUGAAACCAGUAGUAAAGAUUAUGAAGAAAGUGAAUAUAAUAUCCUCAAUCUCCCAUUCUGGGAUCAAACCGAUAGCUUACAAAAACACCUAUUUUUCAAAGAAACCUCAACUCAUCAUCAUCAUCAUCAUCUAAUUAAUGUUGAAGAUAACCAGCUGUUAACCAAUUGUCAUCAACACCCACUACGUCUCGUCCAUAGUCAUGAUGAUGAUAUGUCAAACCAAACAACGUCCUGCCGCAGCAUAGUAAGUAGAUUACAUAACCCAAGGGAAAAGGUUGAACUAUUAUGUGACGGGUGUGUAAGACCCAUCAUGAGUAUGCCGUUUUUCCAAUGCACCGAAGAUGGUUGCUCGUCGUUUGUUCUCCACGAGUGGUGCACCCGUUUACCCCCUGAGUUGAAAAACCACUUUGCUCAUCCACAACAUACUCUCACUCUCCUACCAAAAGUCCCUGUAGGCUUUGGUGUGUUCAUAUGUAAUGCUUGCAAACUUCCUUGUAAUGGUUUUGCCUAUGGUUGUGUAACAUGUGAAGACUACUACAUUGAUGUUACUUGUGCAUUCCUGCCCGAAGCAAUCACACACGAAGCUCACCCAAAUCACCUCUUUUUGAGAGUUGAUGAUGCAACCAGACAAAGUUGUUUCGCAUGUCCACAACAAAACAAUUCUACAUUUAUGUAUAAAUGUCGCACCUGUAAAGAUGUUUAUCUACAUCCAGAAUGUGCUUUGUUAUUACCCAAGACAAUCACGCACAAGUAUGACAGCCACCCCAUGAGGUUGAGCUACAUGCCAAUCGAGAACCACAAGAGUGAAUACUUUUGUGAAAUCUGUGAGGAGAAAUUCGACCCAAAGACAUGGUUUUAUCACUGCUCUGAUGAGUGUGCCCAGUCUCUGCAUCCCGCGUGUGCUCCGUUGAUACUUCAUAGUGAAAGAGUUACCCGUUCAUUGUUUAGCUACGGGGUUUAUCGGUAUGUGAAUAUAAAGUUUGGAAGAGUAGUUGAUAACAUUAAAGGUCACUCACAUUCGCUUGUAUUUUCUCAAGGGGUCGACGACGAUGGAAGAUGCGUAAAAUGUGCACAGAGGGUAAGGUAUAAUAUGAUAUUUAAAUGUUUGGAGUGCAACUAUGUAAUUCAUUACCAAUGUGAAUUCAAUAUAUAUAUGGUAAAAUAUUAAUAGCUCGGUAGCUCGCCGACUACAGCCUAGAUUAAUUCGCAUGUUCACAUUAAUUGUUGUUUUUCAGAUCAUGUAAAUAAAAUGUUGUUAAGUUAAUUGAAUGAAUA